AUGUCCGACUGCACGUUUGCGGCGGCGAGAGAGCUUACCAUGCCACGAAAGAUCUUGGUCGUUGUAACAGCUGGCGGGUACACUAACGCCGCGCCCGUGCUCGAGAUUGCCAGCGUUCUGGCAUCCAGGGGAUACUCUAUUGACUUUGCCACGUUUUCCGGGCGUGAGCAGUGGAUUAAGGACUGCCCGUUCGUGUCCAGCUUCCACGUCAUCGGGCCCUCGGAGUCGGCCGACGUCGAGGAGGCCAACUACAUCCGCAUGUCAAGCUGGACGACCAACCUCAUGUCCAACUGGGCCGCUGUCUUCGAGACGCGCAUGUAUCUCGAGUCGUCCUGGCCCAACGCCUACCGCGGUCUCUCCAGGCUGAUGCAGGACCCGGCGACUAGGCCCGACUUCAUCCUGGCCGAUUACUGGGUUGAUGCGGCCCGCGACAUGAGCGUCGAGUACGACAUACCCUUGGCGAUGCACUGGCCGCAGAUGCCCACGGCAAUGCUCCCGGCCCCCUACAUUCCUGGCACGCCGGGCCUGCAGAUUGAGGUCCUGACGUCCGAGUUCGCGACGCUGUGGCAGCGCCUGCGCAGCGCCGUCGCCAUCUACACAUCGCUCCCGCACUACCUGCGCUACCUGCGCUGGCGGCGGGGCAUGCGCUUCACGGCGGGGGUUACGCGGCCGUUACCGGUGCUCACCAAGCCCGAGUACCUGUGCCUGGUGAACUCGUUCUUUGGACUGGAGGCUGCCAAGGACCUGCCCCCGAAUGUCGCUGCCAUCGGCCCCGUCCUCAGCGAGGCGCCUGCGGAGCCACUGGACGAGACGUACGAGCGGUUCCUUAGCAGGCGCAGACGGGUCCUCUAUGCCUCCCUCGGCACGCACGUUCUUCUCCCAGCGACCGUCAUGAGCCAGCUGCUGGCGGGGGUGCUCGGGGCCCUGCGCUCAGGGGCCGUCGACGGCGUAAUCUGGGCCAUCCGACCCAUGGCACGGAAGCAGCUUGACCAGGCAGCGCAGAUGGCGGUCCCGGCAUUUGACCCGCCUCGCCGCAACGGGGGAGAAGAUUGCUGUGAUGGUGGUGCCGGUGCUGGUGCAGACAAAACACGGAUCGAAGGAGCGCGGUGGAAACCCGACAUGACGAUGUCCAUGACAGUCGCCAGCCUGCUCGCCAACGGCCACCCGUCGGUGCUGUUUGUCAACCACGCCCCGCAGCGGGCGCUCCUGCACGACCAUCGCAUCGCGGCGUUUCUCAGCCACGCCGGGCCGGCGUCGGCCAACGAAGCCGUCUACGCAGGGGUGCCGCUCGUUACGGUGGCCGUCUACUUCGACCAGCUACAGAACGCGAUGCGGCUGCGCGACACGGGUGUCGCUAUCGCCUUGAACAAGGAUACGCUGAAGGCGGACCAGGUCCAGGACGCCAUCGAGCGCCUCGCAGAGGACCUCGCUCGCGGCGGCCCAAUAACAGCGAGCACGGAAAGGAUGCAGCGCAUCGCACAUAUCGCCGCACGCAGGAAGCACCUCGCGGCUGACCUGAUUGAGGAGGUGCUCGUCGACUGGGAGGGAAGGCGCAAGGAGGAGCGAGCAUGGCUGGGGAACCUGACCCGCGGUGGCCGCAGGUAUUCGCCGAGAGGAAUGCACCUGCAGACGGCAGACGCAAGGAUGCCGUGGUGGAAAGCGAAGAACUGGGACCUCUGGGCCGUUGGAUUUGCGGCGACUUUCUGCCUGCUCGGGUCGCUUGUCGCGCUGCCAGUUGUUCUCGGUUUGACGUUGUAA